GAUGAGUGGUAGAGGUCUUUUACUAUAGGUGAAAUUAGGAAAAGGGGGAAAUGGGCAAUUGCAUAUAUUACACUGACAUGUCAUGCCUGCAUGCGAUGAGCCACUCUGCGCCUCUUAAAAAUCCUAUAUGGAUCUUAUUCUUAUCCGAAAUUCUCUUUCGCACUCUUCUUCCUUGCCAACUUCUCUCAUGGCCAGCGCUUCGAGGCAGCCCCUACACGCCACGGGCGCCAUUCCGCCGGUGCAACACUCUUUCCGGCAGGUUAUUUCCUCGUUACCCCUAGUAUUCCUCGAGAACAAAAGGCAACGGCCGUCCUUUUCCAAUCUGAGUGGAUAUUGCGGCCAACGAAACCUGAUUGUGAAGCUAAUGGGAAAGGCUACCGCAGGAAGGGAUGACAUUGUGCCUGCUGCUGAAGACGAAGAAGAUGGAAUCUCUCUUGGUACCAUGAAAUUACCUUCCAACACUGAUCUUCAGAGAUUUGAAACCUUGUUGUUUCAGUGGGCCAACAGUCUAUGCCAAGGAGCUAAUGUGCCACUUCCAGUACCUUUAAAGAUUGACAAAAUACCAGGUGGAGCUAGACUUGGUUUUAUUACAAUUGGAGAUGGAAAGACUGAUGUCCUGGUGUACAUAGAUUGCUUAGUCUUUCCAGCAACAGAUGGUUCAGGUCCAAUGUUUCGAGCAAUAAGAAAUGGACCCUUAAAAGAUCAGUCUCCCCCUGGUGAGCCAAGGAUCAUGAGAAGUCUUCUUCAAGCCCUGCAGAAGUCAGUUGAAAUUGCUAGAGUUUGAGCAAGACUUUUGUUUGAUAUGUAGCACUAUUUCCCCAUAUCCCCCACCUGCCACCUUCUUUAUCUAUCUUUCCUAGAUAAAAUAUCCUAUUUCUAACUAAAGAUAUAUAAACUUGAUAGUUCUUUUGCACCCUGAGCAUUUGACUCAUUGGUUGGUACAUGAUUUCUCAAAGAGUAGGGUUUGAAUCCCUCUUCCCCAAAUAUAUAUAUAUAUAUAUAUAUAUAUAUAUAUAUAUAUAUAAACUUGAUAAUUCUUCACUAUCAAGAGAUCUAAGUCCAGUCAUGCUUAUUUUAUAGUCAUUUUUUGGAAGAUACACAUAAAAAUUGGAAAAGAGAAGGAAUAGUGUGAUGCUUUCUUUCUUUUUUGGAAAUGCUACACAAUAAAUUACUGCAACAACGGUUAUAAGUGGCAUAAACCAAUAAGUAUGUCUGUGCCGUUUUAUAUGCUGUUAACAACUAGAGGAAAAUUCUUUUCUGUCACCAUGAUUUACUUAAAUACUUCCAAAUUGGUUGACAAGAAAGAAACAUGUUCUAUUCUUUCUCUGUUCUUUGAAUAAUCUGUAAAGAAAUUUAAUUAUACAUUGUCAAGGAGCAUAGUAUAGAUGAUAUGCCAACUCCUUUGUCUCAUUGUGAAUGCAUUGGAUUCUUCAUUCAGAAUCAAUGAUGUUGUAGCUCUCCUUGAAUAAAAUAUAUGGUGAAAAAAAUAAAAAUUCUACAUCCAGUUACUUCCUAUGGGGCAGUGUUUAUCCUAUAAAUUAAUGAAUGUGAAACUGAAAUGCUUCUUGUCUUCUCUUCAUUGCUCAUGACUUAAGCCAAUAGACAUCACAGGAAGGUCCCGAAACUUUCAGUUCUGGGUUUCAAAAAAAAUGGAGAAACCAGCAGAUUUAAAACAAAUGCUUUCUGAUGGAGAAGAUGGUUAUGAUGCUGUUGUUGUGGGGUCUGGAUUCUGUUGCUGCUUGUUGGUUGUCAAUGGCAGGAGUUAAGGUAUGCCUGGUUGAGAAGUGCAGAAAAUGGGAAGCUAAGGAUUUUCCAACACAGUUUCACGAUCAUGUCAGCUGUGAGGAUGGAGUCAGAGAGUAUAGGGGUCAGCUUUGGCCCAAAGGAUGCUUUGUUUCAGGUUUAUGAACAAAAUGAUUCACUGGCAACUGUGGCUUGUGGGAUUGGUGGAGGUUCACUAGUGAAUGCAGGAGUAAUGCUGCCAACCCCAGUUCAUGCUAGAAGAAAUUCAAAGUGGCCAAAGGAAUGGGAAUGGGAAUGGGACUGGGAUAGUUGUGAAGCUUCUGCUGCUACAAUGUUGAGAAUACAAAGUCUUCCUGACCAGUUCCCCAUUGCCAAAGUUAUGAAAGAAAUGGAUUACGGAGAGGUAGAAGAAAUGGUUCAAGAUUCAAUGAGGUUAAGCAUGAAUUUUGAUCUUGAAGAGCCCCCAUCCGGAUUACUGAUGGAUCAAAAUCUGGAUAUCUGCAAAGCUUGUGGAAAUUGUCUUGCUGGGUGUCCAUAUAAUGCCAAGAAUUCUACUGACAAAAAUUAUCUUGUAUCAGCAACUCAGGCAUAUCCUCUUUAACUUUUGAUACAUUAAUUUCAGUUACCAGUCUUAUUCCUUUAUUUACGUUGGUUGCAUUAGUUUUCUUUACUGUGAAAUGCUAUUCAGUUGCUUCUAUGAUUUCAAGCUGAAAAAUUCACAUAGCUUAGCUGGCCAAUUUAAACCAUUUUUACUUUGUUGCAUCUGAAACUUGAUUCUGGAUUGUUGUUUAUGAUGAUAGUGCGUUUUCUUGUAACAAGUCCAUUAUUGAGAAUACUUUGUUGUUUCAUUAUUUAUAAAAGCCUGUAAAAAGUCAACAUCAUAUCCAAAUGUACCCAUAUUCUCAUGCAUUUCAGAUACAAUAACUUCUUGUUAUGCCGGCACGAUGUAUUAUUAAAACGGAGUGCAAAGUUCAGUAUGUAGUUAAAAUUCCAUAUGAAACAUGUGAAGAAGGAGAAAUUGGUGGAAAAAGAAGGUGCCUUGUUUACUUAAGUGAGAUUGAUUAUAUGGAAGCUGAUUUUGUCAUCCUGUCAGGUAUGAAGCAAUAGUGCAAUAAUUAGGUGUACCUUCAAAAUUUUGUUUUCAAAACCUUAUGGGAAGCUUAAAGUUUAUGUUCCACAGCGGGAGUUUUUGGCACUACUGCAAUACUUUUCAAAUAUCAAAUGAGAGGAUUAAAACUCUCAGAAGCACUGGGGUCUGGAUUCAGCUGUAAUGGAAAUACUGUUGCUUAUCUUGUUGGAAGCGCUGGACCUUUGAAUGCUUAUGGACUUUUGAAUGCUUAUGGACUAGAUAGAAAGCAACUGUUGAAGAAGCCUUUUCAAGGUCGGCCUGGGCCAUCCAUCUCUUCAUCGCACUCUUCUUCAUUGGGUUUCACAAUCCAGGUUAAAGAUUUUGCUAUGCUCAAAAACUUUAUUUACUUUUAUUCCAUAUUAGUAUUUUAACUCUGUCAUGGCACCGGCCCCUUCUACUGUCUUACCGGCUUUCUAUGUGGAAACAGAGAGAAAGAAAAAGGUUUUUCUGUUGAAAAGACAAAUACUGCAGGAAGGUAGGAUCAUGGGGUCUGGAUUAUUUAAAAAUUGUCUCACUCAUCUACUACAACAAUAAAACUGUGCAUUCGCCACAUUAUGAUUUAUACUCUCUUGAUUAUCCAUGGACUUGGUAGUUUCAAGUAGGGCUGGUUGUAUUGGUUUGUGUUGGCAACUCAUAUUGAUUUUGUCAAGAAAAGAGCUGUUACGCGUAUUUGUAAUUUAGACUCUUCUGAAACUGGCUUUUCUUUCUUCUUCAUCUCCUCCUUUCAGUCAUUCAUUGAUUCAUUCACUGUCCUUGUUUUUUGGGUGUAGAGUGCUGUACUCCCUACUGCUUAUCCUUACAUGUUGUUUACAGUGAUUGUAACAUUUGGAUGGCCAACUGGUUACUGGUUCUUUCAUGGCAUUAUAGAUAAGAGGAAACAUCACAUAGGUUCUACGGUCAAGCCACGCAAUGGUGCUCUAUGCAAUAGGACAAGACAAGAGUGAUAGGAAAAUUAUCUUAGAAAAGGAGACAGACAAAAUUUGCUUUAAUCCACCCCAUGACCCUUUACUGCCACGGAAAAUUGUGGCCUUUCAAAAGAUUACCUAGAAAUUAGGGGGAAUUCUCUUCAUGUCAAAAGUAUCAAAGCACAUCAGUGCAUCUUUUAGGUGGGUGCAAUGCGUCGUCAGAUUAUUCAGAUGGUGUUUGUAAUCCAACUGGUCAGGUUUUUGAUGUGGAGGCUCCUGAUCUAUUGCAUGUGGGCCUCUAUGUUUGUGAUUCUUCUCUAAUUCCAUGCUCUGUCGGUGUAAACCCAUCCCUUACCAUUGCAGCAGCCGCUGAGCAAGUAAGUAAGCACCAUUUGAAGGAUAUUCUUGAGUAUAAAAGUAAAAAUUGUACAGAUUUUGUUUCUAAGGCGCUUGACAGAAAUCUAUAUACAGAAGCACAUUAUAAUUUAAAGAGCAGAGAGACAUCAUAUGUGUUGAUCAAAGAAACUAUGAGAAGGUAUGUGGGGGGUAUGCCAUGCACAGCUUCUCUCAGAAUGACAAUAAACUUGCAAAAUCAGAAUAACUGUGACUGUGAUGAUUGGAAUUGGGUUAUGAAAAAUUCUCACCCAACUUUAAAAGGGAAAGUUGGUGGUUAUGUUGUCUUCAGAGCCAUUGAGAAGGAUAAGCUGCAUGUUAUAGAUGGGCAAAUAGACUGGUGUGAAGUAGAUUACAGAACCCCUUACACGCAGUAUAUGCACUAUCGACUUCUCCUAGCUGCUGCUUCUGGUACAAGGUACAAAAAGGCAUCAAUUUGCAUUCCUUUUAAUUCUCCUUUUAUGUUCUAGAAAAUCAUACCAUUGGUUAGAUGCAGUUAUAUUCUCGAGGGCAAGAAGAUAAUGAAUCCUUAUCUUUUUGCGCCACAUUCUUGGAGGGAGACAAGAACAGUGCAUGUGACAUUCAAAAGGCUUGCAGGCAACUUUGCUGGGGAUGCAGGGUUGAACUUGAAAGGAGAGCUUAGAAUUUCCAUGAUUGAACUACUGAGAAGCCUCUUGAGCCUAGGAGGAAACAGAAAAGGAAUAUUUAUAUAUCUUUUCUCAUUGAAUCUCCUUAGAACCUAUAUUUUACAAAUGCAACGAAAAACCUUAUCCAACAAGCACUUCGCAGCAAAUAAAAACAGGUAGGCUGGAAUCUGAGUUUGUUUUUAAAGAUGCUUUCAAGUUACACAGGGAUCUCACUUGCAAGAGAUGUGAUUGAGAGAAAAGAUCCUUAAGAGUCAAAUUAUCAAAAAAUAGGGAAAAAGUCAUGCUUCUAUAUAUAUAUAUAUAUAUAUAUAUAUAUAUCAGUAAACAACUUGCAGAUGUCCAUGGCUUUACUGGGCAAGGACAAAACCCUGCCUCUGUUGGGGACAUCAAAGGCCAGUUUGCGACAUGGGCUCCUCAUGCUUGUAGCCCGUUGGGUCCCUCGCUAUGAGAGAUGCGCUUGCAAUGACUCUGAGGUUUUUUCUGGUAUAUCUGGCAACGUAUUCUGGCAUCAAAGCAUGAGCCCCGCAAUGCACCAGUGGCAAAACAAGCGAAGCACAACAAAGCUUCCCAUGGCAGUCUUUCCUCACCUCAGGAAAAUCUGCGAGUACGGAUUCAUAGUGGACAGCAAGGGAAAUAACUCAUAUUUGAUUCAGCCAGAAAGGAUACAUCUCUGGUGGACGAAGUCUUCUGGUGCCUCCGGAGACUUCUUUUGCUAGCUAACAAGUACAUGAAACUGCACCAACCUGGGUUUUGACAUGAAAGGGUUGUUGUGGAUGGUUUUGGGCAUUCAUAUCUACUGAUUGGUGAAGACUCUUCCAAACAAGUUUUCCCUGGCAUGUCAUCUCACAUAAGGUCAUCUGAACAAGGGAAAAAUGUUGUGAUGAUUUCCAAGGAAAAGGCAUGCAGCAAAGAUGCCUGGAGUGGGCCGCUGAUCCUUACCAGGGACAUGGAGGAGGAUCUCAAAGCAGCUGCUUUUCACCUUUGGUGCUCCUUUUCUUGGUUUUGUUUUUAGUUUUUAUGUUGUUAUCAUCGUCUCUAUGAUUUUUCAACCACCAUCCAUUGUUGAUGUUUAUAUCAGGAUAAUUUACCAAUAAACUAAAAAUCAGCAAAAUUAAUGAAAAUGCCUAAUUCAUUAUUUUUAAA